AUGUCAGGAAACGCGGUGGUGCUGUGGCUCCUGGGCUUCCGCAUGCGGAGGAACACCUUCUCUGUCUAUAUCCUCAACCUGGCGGGAGCCGACUUUCUCCUCCUUUGCUGCCAGAUUAUACGUUCUCUGCAGACACUCAUCUACUACUUCCAUUCCAUCCCCAUUUUUGCUCCCAGCUUCUUCUUCACCAUUUUCACCUUUGCCUACAUCACAGGCCUCAGCCUUCUCAGCGCCAUUAGCACCGAGCGCUGCCUGUCCGUCCUGUGGCCCAUCUGGUACCGCUGCCACCGCCCCACACACAUGUCGGCUGUCAUGUGUGCCCUGCUCUGGGCCCUGUCCCUGCUGCUGAGCAUCCUUGAAAGGACCUACUGUGACUUCUUUUUUAGCCAUUUAUAUAAGGUCUGGUGUCAAGUAUUUGAUUUGAUCACUGCUGGGUGUCUGAUUUUCUUGUUUGUGUUUCUCUCAGGCUCCAGCCUGGUCCUGGUGUCCAGACUGCUGUGUGGCUCCCAGCGGGUGCCGCUGACCAGGCCAUAUGUGAUUGUCCUGCUCACAGUGCUGGUCUUCCUCCUCUGUGGCCUGCCCUGGGGUAUCCACUGGUUCCUAGUAUACUGGAUUAAAAAAGGUUUAUAUGUGUUCCCCCCUCCUCUGGUUUCACAUGUGCUGUCCUGUGUCAACAGCUGUGCCAACCCCAUCAUUUACUUCUUCGUUGGCUCCUUUAGGCAGCGAUGGAGGGGGCAAAGGCAGACCCCGAAGCUGGUUCUCCAGAGGGCUCUGCAGGACUUUCCUGAUGGGGGUGAACAUGGAGGAAGUCUUCCUCAGGAAGCCCUGGAGAUGUCGGGAAGUAGUCUGGUGUCCUGAUUCAGAGUCUUGCUUUGUUCAGACACAUGGGGUUUAUAGAACCAACUUGUCCCUAUAAGUUUGGGAGGUUUCUUAAGUCUCUCAACUUCUGGGCCUCUGAAUUAAAACUAAUAUAAUAAUCCCACUGAUGAGGAUUAAGUGAGACUGUGCCUGUUAGACACACACUGGGUGCAGUUUCUCAGGACUGCCC